AUGAUCAUGUCUAUCUUGGCGAUCAUCGUUCUCCUCCUCAACUGGAUCGUCUCGGUUUGGGCCUACCUCUCGUUGACGAACGUCUUGAUUCCCUCAGUGCUGGAGGCUUCCCUACGUCUUAUACAGCGCACCUACUGGCCUAUCGUUCGCGCCUUUGCUUUGGCCGUCGGGUUCCUGUUUUCGUGCAUGUUUCGGCUGAUACUCUUCUUCACCAUUGAUCUUCACACUGCUGUCCGCGAAUUUCGACAUCGCCACAGUAGGCUCGCGAGGAGUCCACGUCACAAGACCAAAAAUCUCAAGGACGUCAAUAUUCGUGAUACCGCGGCGGUCGCUGAGUACUAG